GCUGCCUCUCUGUCUCUCGCAGUACUCAUCGGGACACCCAGCGGAGCAGACGUUUCUUCCCUUCGCGCCGCGGCUCUGAAGACACGUCGGGAUUAUUUUGACGCUAAUUAUUAUUUUCUGGGGGAUAAAGUCUUGGUGGAUCGUAAACAAUGUUGACUGGUGCAAGAAGCUCUGAGGCGGCGACAGGUCCUCAGUGACUGCAGCCGAUUGACUGUCCCCUGCAACCCCCCCAGUAUCAGUCUUUGAAGUGAGACCAGGAGCGUGAGCAGCUCCCCAGCCAAGAAGACUCCACCCUGUCCCUCCUGCCACCCUCAAAGCCUUCUCUGAGGGACAAGGACAAACAGUCACAGAGAGGAGGAUUUUAAAGGACUAACCAUCGACGGACGGAUUAUUGUACUUCACAGCAACUAAACAUGGGGAACCAGUUAACAGAAAUCGCCCCCAACACCACAUUCCUCCCCAGCUUCCAGUCGCUGCAUGUGGUGGUGAUUGGUUUGGACUCUGCAGGGAAAACCUCCCUCCUCUACAGGCUCAAGCUGCAGGAGUUUGUGGAGACGAUCCCCACCAAGGGCUUCAACAUGGAGCGGAUUAAGGUACCCAUGGGAAGCACCAAAAGCAACAGCACCACCUUCCAGGUGUGGGACGUUGGCGGACAAGAUAAACUGAGGCCCCUUUGGAAGUCGUACACCAGGAGGACUGAGGGGCUGGUAUUCGUGGUGGAUGCGGUCGAGGCUGAGCGCAUGGAGGAGGCCAAAGUGGAGCUCCACAGGAUUGCUCGUUCAGCGGAGAACCAGGGGGUGCCCGUACUGGUUCUGGCAAACAAACAGGACCUAGAUGGAGCCAUGUCAGCUUCAGAGGUAGAGAAGGUGCUGGCCCUCCAUGAGCUGAGCUCGUCCACACUGCACCACACGCAGGGCUGCUCGGCGCUGGAUGGUCAGGGACUGCAGCCUGGCCUUGAGAAACUCUAUGAAAUGAUCCUGAAGAGGAAGAAGAUGCUGCGGCACAGCAAGAAGAAGAGAUGAGGGAGGGCAUGUGGACUCCAGUGAUGUAGGGGAUAGAGCUUACUUCCUGAGCCUCUGCUUGUCUGAGAAAAUGCAGCUUCUGCGGGGUGAAACCAAGGGAAGGCUGGCAGUCCUUCAAGAGAGUCUGCACCCAUCUUCAACACCUUCGUUCAACUGCUUGGACAGACCUGCUGCCUUCGGGAUUGUUUGAUGCUCUCAGGCAUCCCCCCACACACACAUCAUCUUGAAAUGAGCAUGGUGGAGGCCUACACAGCUCCAGAGGGAACAAAGGAGAGAAAUCCAGUGCAAUAUAUGAUGAACACUAAGCCCACCAUUGAAGGAUAUUGUUACCACUGUUUGUAUAAACUUGUAGUUGAAAUGGAAGCCUGCAGGUGGUCUGAGCCUAGCUCCUGUUACUCCCACUGCAUUUCAAUGUUACUGUAAAUCCUCAUGUUGCAUGAUGUUCACCUGAAUAACUUGCCCGGGAAUAGUAAGCAACACUUUUGUAGAUCAAAAGAAGGCUUGUAAUUAUUGUUGAUUGGCAACUGCCCACUGUUCAUAUAGACGUGCCGCCAGAGAUAUUUACAGAAGCACACUGAAGCUGCUGAAUCCAGUUACACGACUUUUCCCACUUGCUUGUCACAGUUUCGGUGUGUUUCAGGGUUGAAUGGAUGAAGGGUUGGUUGGUUAAGUUCAAACAGGAAAUUGUUUUUACAUUAUGUACAUAUUGUUUUGUAAAAUGUUAACAAACAAAUAAAUUAUUGAGCAACUUUGGCAUUAAUUUGUGUAAACAUGUAUCAUUGUAUUAGGUGUCAUAUUCAGACCUAAGAGGCCAAAGAACAAGGUUUUACAAUUAAAUUGGGGCCAGCGUUUUGAAAAGCUGAAUGGGUAAAAAUUCUGUGUUCUCAAUACUUCGCUCUCUGACUUAUGGCUUAUGCCUGAGAAGAGGGCAUUUAAAGAAAACAAGUAUGCAGAUGACUUUUUCCAAGUCUGGUUAGGAAAGUGUAGGUUUGAUUUUGGAGAUGAUUCUGAGUUGCAGGACUGGACUACCUCUUUAAUUUGUGCUUCAAAGUUUAGUUUUGCACUAAACAGAACUCAAGGUUUCGGGCAACAGGCUUCUCAUUGAUCGACCAGGGACCAAUGGCCAAUAAAAAAGACCCCUUUAAUACAAUUUAAGUUUCUGGCAAAUCAAAUGGUUUUGCAUGUGGUUGCCACGGAUAGUUGUUCUCUACUUAAAUUUCCCGAUAGAUUAUUCUAUAAUUUUGUGUUCUGCUAGUGUCCUUGUCACUACUGGUAGCAUGAGGCGGUACUUGCACCCCAAUCAAGCUGCACAGUUGUUCUGGGUUUGUACCCUCAUUGUUGAAUGCACUUAUUAUAAGUCGCUUUGGAUAAAAGCUGCGGCUUAAUGGAGUGUAAUGUAAUGUAAAAAUCUAAAUGUCCAGAAAGAGGUAAGUACUUGAGUGUAUAUCAAACUAACAUGAGUGCAUAUGACUGCCUCUACAAAAUGCAGAGAGCAGAUGAAUUGUGGAAAUUGUGUUUCGCAAUCAGGUUUAGUAACAAGGAGAAUGAGAUAGAGGACAUGGUUUUCAGGAGGAGAAACUACACACACUUGGACGAGGUGCGCCACAAACUAAAAUACCUGCUAAUGGACAAAUGCAGAGGAUAUAUAUCUAUCUAUAUCUAUAUAUAUAUAGAUAUAGAUUUAAGCAUUAAGAAAUGCUUAAUUUUUGGUUAAUAUCUCAUUACGAAACAAAACGUUUAUUGUAUUAUAGUGGGACAUCCAUUCAUUAUUGAGGCGUUGCCCUCAGUUAGUUGACCUCUUGAAUUUAAUUCUUAAAGAUACAUAACAGUGAAGUGAGUGUAACUCUUAAGCUUGUGCAGGUGUGUUGACGUUGUGUAUCUGUAUUCGUUGUCCUAUGUAGAUCAAACAGGUGUCAUGUCAGUGUCCUAAGGCCAGAUUUUCAUCAUAAGAUCUCCCACACACCUCCCUACUAUCAUUACCCAUCUAACCUUCUAUGCCUUACCUUCUUUACUCUGCCAUAUAACAUAUCAAGUGUUCAGACUCAUAUUACUGAACUGUUUCAGGUGGUUUUGCCCUGCAGAGUUCAUCCAGCAGGAGACACAGAUCAGCUUCCAUGACGUCAGGAGCACUUCUCCUUUGUGUUGCUGAUAGCAGGGAAAUAUACAUUUGUUGAAGUCAUUGGAGACACCAGAUUUAUUCCUAUUUAAGGUGUUUAUUUUGUCUUCUUGGAUGCUGAAGUUAAGUAAACAACUCACAAUAUCUUAAUUAAUGCGAAAAUUUGCAUCAAGAUCAUGGAAAUAGCCUUAAAAAAAUGUAAAUAAUAUAUCAAUUCCUGACUCCUUAACCUGUUCUAUAUAAUGUCGAUCAGCUAAUAUUGCUUCCUAUAAUAUGUUGUUCAUCUUUACCCUGGAACUUACAGUGAAUACAUGUGACAAAAUGUGUUUUUAUUUAUAUAUUUUAGCUUGUUCCAAGAAGUGCACUAUUUCUUGCUGUUUGAGUACAGUUUGCUAAAGAAUUGUCUUUUGGGGGAAUUUACUGAACCCUUUUAAAUAAUGAAGCUUUACUUCUUUUUUCAAAAAAAACUUUUGGUUCUGAAUAUAAUGAAAUAAAUAUAACAGGAAACUAGAGGCAAGUCUGAUGUUCAUCAAAGGUUUCCUUUGUUUUUUCCUUUUUUCUGUCGGUUUCUGUUGGUUUCUUCUCUAAAUCAGGCCUGUACUGUACAUAUUGCUGCACAUGGAAUGAAGUUACCAUGUAAAAUAAACACAUUUGGUA